AUGGCCGAAGCUAGGACCCUCAGCCGCAAUGCUGAUAUUCAGACUGACGAAACGGACGAGUUUCCGCCAUUGUUUCUAGAUCGCGCUAACAAACAAAUCCGAACCAAUGUAAAAACCCAACAUACAAGAUUAAUCAACAGAAUAGAAAGACACAUGGCUGAACUAGGUAGUCUGACCGAGCUGAAUUUUAUGAGAAGAAAUCUAGCCAACCAACUUGAAGAAUAUUCUCAUAAAAGCAACAGUGUCCACAGUACAUCAUCCAGACAAAAAACCACGCACGAUUUAUCCCGUGAGUUGGCGGAGGAAAAAAUAGCUCGCCAAAACCUUCAGAUUGAGCUACAACGUCUCCAAUCCAAUAUAGCACAGAUCAACCAACAAUACGCCAAUGAAGCGGCAAUCAGGACUCAAACGAUCAAUGAAAUCGCCGAAGACAAUCGAAAGUUAGCAGCAUGGCUCAAAGAACGCAACGAGGCCCUAGCCCUAGAGCAGCAGCAGCGGCAGGAUUUGGAAACGGGUUUAAAAGGAGAUAUAAGAAAUCGACAGCGUCUUCUUGAAGACGAAAAGGUGUCCCGUCAGACAGCAAAAAAUCAUUUCAAACGAGAAUUGGAGGCUCGCAUCGGAGAACUCGCUACAGCUUUCGACAAAAAAUUAGCUUUGUACACGUCAAAUAGUUUGGUAAACACGGCCGAACAAAAUAAUAAAGAAACCGGUGCCAAACCAAAGCAGCAGACAUUCCGUACGAUGGAACGAGUAGAUGAAGAGCAUGGCGAGAACAAACAAGAAUUUAUCGAUUCACAAAAAUGGUCAGUCAACCAGACAUGCGAGACGUCCGUCAACAGCAAAAAUUUGUUUUCUGUCUUUCGCCUACCAAAACUGGAUCUACAACCCUUUGACGGCGAUUCAAAGAAAUGGGCCGAUUUCAUUGCGAUCUAUAGAGAUCUUGUCCACCAAAAUUCAUCUAUCUCAACGACCCAGAAUAUGGCAAUAUUGAAGCAGUGCUUAACUCAAGAUAUUCGAGAUGGUCUCGGAGAUUCUUUAAGCAGUCCAGCUUUGUAUGAAAAAGCACUUCGGGAACUAGAAGAAACUUAUGGUCACCCGCAACUGGUUUCAAGAUCUUACAUUCAAUCACUCAUCAAUUUGCCGAAAUUGAAUAUGAACGACUAUAAAUCAUUGUUAAAAGCCUCGCAAAACAUCAACGGGUCCGUUGCUUCACUCAAGAGCGGCGGCUAUGAAAAAGAACUUUAUUCCGUGACACUUAUGGAGCUAGUUCACUCGAAGAUGCCUCUUGACAUCCAAAAUUUUGUUGACUGGCUGCAUGCGGUAGUAAAAGGUGAGAUGAUGGCCAAGCACUGUCAAAUCAAGAUCGAAAGAGACCAGCAUCAACAAAGACCAAAAACGGGCCGGCAAAAAGAUCCAGGCGUUCGAUUCCCCCCCAAAAUAAACACCAUUUUACCGCCUCAGCAGCAAGACAGUCAAGAAUAUAAAUCAAAAGAAAAAGAUCAAGCAGAAGUCCAAACGAAAAAGUUAAUUUGUCUUCUUUGCAAACAAGAUCAUCGUCUCGCCCAGUGCCCAAAGUUCAGCACAAAAUCCCUAGAAGAGAGAGCGCAAUUCAUCAAAAGUUCCGGGUGUUGCAUUAAAUGUUUAAGCAAAGGUCACAUGGUCAAAGAAUACUGUGAAUUCCGCCAUCAUUCUUUGAUGCACGGCGCCCCACGCAUUUCUUGGAGAAAUCAAGAAUCGGAAAAAGCUCCACCUCAAACGGAGAAAUCCCCUCUUCACAAAAAAGAAGAAAAGAAAUUAGUAGCCACCCACUUCGUAGAUGGGGCUCAAAUAACUACUUUAUUGCAAGUGGUGCCCGUGACGGUCGAACAUAAUGGAAAUAAAUUCGACACCUUCGCUCUCCUGGAUCCCGGAAAUGAAGCUUCCCUCAUCCUUCAAAAUUUAGCCGUCCAGUUAAAAAUAGAUGGACCGACUGAAAUCGCUCGACUUGGAACCUUUCACGGCGUCGAUCCCGAAAUCAAAACAACAAGAGUUACCUUCAAUAUUUUCCCAAGAGAUCAGAGUCGUACCUUCACAGUAAAAAAUGCAUACGCUGUCCCGAAGUUGGAAGUUACGAGCCGGAAAAUCAAUUGGCCAGCUCUUAAACACCAGUGGAAACAUUUGAACGACUUGGACUUCCCUUUCAUUGAUUCCAAUAAGGUAUCCGUGCUUCUUGGAAGUGACGUCAUGCGAGUCCACGAUGUGUUGGACGUCCGGAUACCUCCGGAGGGAAUAGAAGCUCCUGAUGGAAUACGGACCCAUUUUGGUUGGUGCCUAACUGGCCCAGUGCCAACCUCGAUGUUGCAACCACAUGACAAGUCGCCCCCGAAAAUCUUUCUUGGGUACAAACAUCUUGUGUCUCAAAAACUAGAAGAUGCUGUCACACAGUUCUGGCUCACGGAAUCUUUCGGUGUCAACUCUCCCGCACACCCGCCAAUGAGCCAUGAAGACAAAAAGGCCCUGAGCAUCUUAAACAAAACAAUUUGCCAUACUGGCGAGCGGUAUGAGGUGGCGCUCAUGCUGCGAAAUGAAACCCUAAAUUUACCCAGCAAUCGAGAAGUAGCACUACGACAUCUUCAUUCUCUUGAGCGACGUUUCGAAAAGGAUGCGAUCUUCGCAAAAAAUUACGCUCGAGUCGUAGAAGAAUACAUCUCCCUGGGCUACGCCAUCCCGGCGCCAUCAACUCCUGUUCCACACGGCCAAGAAUGGAUAUUGCCGCAUCAUGGUGUACGAACGGCCGCAAAACCCGGCAAAGUUCGCGUAGUAUUCAAUCCUUCCACAAAACAUCGCGGAAUGUCCCUGAAUGACCAAUUAUUCAAAGGUCCGGAUCUUUUAACUGGUUUAAUAGGAGUUAUCUUGCGUUUUCGGAUGCUGCCGGUCCCAAUCUCAGGUGACAUAGAAAAAAUGUAUCACCAAGUUCAAGUGCCGAAACACCAGCAGUCGCUACUCAAAUUCUUAUGGAGGACACCCGGCAGCAAAGACACACCAACAACUUAUCAAAUGACGGUCCACACUUUUGGGGCAGUCUCUUCUCCAACUACUUGCAUUUUCGCGCUCAGACGUACGGCCGAAGAUUUUGGCCACUUCUACCCCAACGUCGUAAACAAGGUACUAAGCAACAUCUAUGUUGAUAAUUAUUUGGACUGCACCGAAACCGAAGAAGAGGCCAUCACACUUCGUCAAGAAGUAUCCGCGUUAUUGAAACUGGGCGGAUUUAACAUGGUUCAGUGGUUGUCGUCGUCACGCUCUGUGUUGGCCACUGUCGACAAAAAUGAUUUGUCGCGCUCAUUGGAUUUAGACGCCGACCGACUUCCUAUCGAGCGUACGCUUGGUAUGUUGUGGGAUUGUCAAGCUGACAUUUUUAUUUUUAAAACUUCCACCAGGACCGCCAUAAAAACAAAACGAGAAGUCUUGCAAGAAAUUUCCUCAAUUUAUGACCCAAUGGGCUUUCUUUCCCCGGUGAUAAUGGUUGCGAAAAUUCUUAUGCAAGAUGUUUGGCGCGCCGGAAUUAAUUGGGACGACACACUGCCACCAAAUCUGCUAUCUGUUUGGAAGGCGUGGGCAACGGAGCUCGAAUUCAUCGCAAGACUCAAGAUACCCCGCUGUUUUCGAAAACAUCGGAAGCCGCUAGAAUACGAGUUACACGUAUUUACCGACGCCUCAGAAGCUGGGUUUGGCGCAUGCAUAUAUAUACGGGCUAAAUACUCCGAGGAGAAUUUCGCUUUGAAUUUAUUCCUCGCAAAGGCGCGAGUUGCUCCUCUACGGCAAUUGUCCAUCCCUCGCUUGGAGCUGCAAGCAGCCGUCCUCGGUGCCAGAUUGUGCUCUACUGCCGUAAAAGAACUCGGACCGAUUGCUUCCAACGUAAUCUACUGGUGCGACUCCCAGACUGUCCUCCAGUGGAUCUAUUCGACUAAGUGUAAAUAUCACGCAUUUGUCGCCCAUCGCAUCACGGAGAUCGCCGACACCAGCAAAUCAAGUCAAUGGCGUCAUAUACCCGGCAACCUCAAUCCAGCUGACGACUGUUCAAGAGGAAUUCCGGCAACCCACCUGACGACUCAGCACCGAUGGUUGCGCGGACCCGAUUUUCUCACAAUGCCGGAAGCGAAUUGGCCGUCGCCCAUCUUCAUCGAUGAGCCGUCUCCCGAUGACGUAGAAGUGGUGCCUGAAAAAUAUGUUGGCUCGUUCCUCAUCAAAACACCUCAUCCAAUUUACACUCUCAUUCAAAAUUCAUCAAACAUCAUCACCAUCAAAAGAAUAGCAGCUUGGCUGCUCCGGUUCCUGACCAACUUCAAUCUAUCAAGCAAAAAUCUCCCACGAAUAGGACAAAGCUGGCUUAUUCCGGCCGAUAUCCGUGAAGCCACCAAUUUAAUCAUCAAGGUGGAUCAAGCUCACCAUUUGCAGAUGGAGCUUGAUUGUGUCAAAAGGAGAAAACCGGUACCAGCCACAUCUAAGUUGGCAUCGCUUAGUCCUACGUUAGACACUUGCGGAGUCAUGCGCGUUGGCGGGAGGCUGCAACAUGCUUCUAUUUCAGAAUUCGCCAAGCAUCCUAUCAUCUUGGAUCCCACCAGUCAACUCUCCACCAUGUUGAUACGGGAAGUGCAUGAGCGGCUAAAACAUGCAUCAACUGAAUUCACGCUUUACGACUUACGACAGCAAUAUCAUGUUCUACGGCCUCGCGCAUCCAUUCGCCGCAUUAUACGCGAUUGUUUCACGUGCAAAUUGCGCAAUAGCAAACCGGAUCCUCCCUUGAUGGGUCCUUUUCCUGCCACCCGGCUUCAAUCACACUUACUUCAUUUUCUAACGUUGGAAUAG